AUGAGACGAUUGCCGAUUGACCAUCACCUUAUUACUGCAUUGGUUGAGAGGUGGAGGCCAGAGACUCACACCUUCCACAUGCCUGUUAGAGAGAUGACUAUUACUUUACAGGAUUUAGAGGCCAUUCUAGGUUUGGCCACUGAGGGUCGAGUAGUUACUGGGUAUACGCAUGGCAACUGGCGGGAUGUAAUCCAACAGUACAUGGGUCUGAUGCCACGAGAAAUUGAUUUAGAGGGCGGGAAUCUUAAGAUGAGUUGGUUGACCGGUCAUUGGGCUCAUUGGGUUGAGCACUCAGCUACUCAACAAGGACAGAUUAUUUACACUUGUGCGUAUCUUAUGCGUCUUUUCGGAGGACCAUACCCGCAUAUUUGCCAUUUGCGGUUUCCACAGGGGACUCUACCUGUAACUGAUGAUAUUACCUGA